AUGCCCCCCAAACGCGCCGCUGCACCCCGCGACUGCGUAGCCAGCAAGACCUCGUCAACCGACAGGCCACCACGAAGUAAGCGGUGGGCGGCCGUGUGCGCCUCAGCCAACGCCGAUACUAACCUGCUCGGUUCAUUGCGCGAUCCCGACUACUUCGAUGUGUACACAUUCAACGACCACGCUGGGUACGGCGGCCUCGAGAUCGUCCAGACACCCGUCUCUCGAUCUCAACGAGGCAGCCGAGCGCGGCUGGCGCGAACAGUGUCUGCGUAA